AUGGAUAUGAUUAAAUUAUUAUUGAGUUGUUCGCAAAUUAAUCCGAAUAUUGGGAAAGUUGAACAUGUUAAUGAUGGAUCCAUGGUUAUUUCACCUCUUGGACUUGCUGUAAAGAAAGGAUUAACAGAAAUUGUAAAAAUCCUCGUACUGGAUCCAAGAAUUGAAAUUGGGACUGGAUGUGUAAAGUAUGAAACAUUUGGAGCAACAAAUUACACUUGUUUGGAUCUGGCAUGUGGAGAAUCUUUAUUUAAAGUUGUGGAAUUGUUACUGUUUCAUCCAUAUGUUCAAGUUAAUCUGCCACUUUUACAUCAUCAUACACACCUCAGACGAUAUCCAUUGACAGUUGCUUGUGAAAACAACUGUAUUGAAAUUGUGAGAUUGCUGCUUGCACGACCAGAAAUUGAUAUCAAUGUUACACAAGAUCCAAAGCAUAACAAUUGUAUCGAUCAAUUCAGUUUGAAUACUCCUAUGUUUUCUAUUGAGGAAAUUAGAAAGGUUGGUUUCAAUUAUCAAAUAAUCUAUGAUUUGAUUGUUGCUGGACUCACUCCAAGCAAUCCUACGCUUCUUAAAGAUUAUUCACUUGAGGAAAUUAAGAGGAGAAAGUUCAAGUAUUUCACAAAUAGAAUUAUAAUCCAGAAAUUUGAAUGGGACAAAAUUGGAGAUACCAAUUUGACUGCAUUUGUUCCCUUACUGAAAAUAAUGGAUCCAGAAUUAGAGACCAUUUUGAAAUUAGGUGUAAACUUUGAUAAGGAAGAAGAACGUUUUGUUCAAACGGUUAUUGAUUUUCUUAUUUAUGGAUCGGAUAUAGAUUUUCGUCAAUUAUUUCAGGCCUAUUCUAAUAAGGGUCAUAAUGCCAAUAUUAAGGGAGUUAUUGGUGCUCUCGUUCUGUGUGGUUCAUUACCACAAAUCAAUAGUUUAUGUUACGAGUGUAUAUCAAUACUUAUCAAAGACGAAUAUUCUUUAGAUAUGGUAUUUAAUAUUUGGAAAAUAAUUCAUGAGUACGAGAAGAGAUUUCCAUCAUUAUUGCAAAGUAUGAACAAGUCCCUUGUUGGAAAAAUCAAACAGCAUGUAUUAGACUGUAUUGGAAACUUUGGACUAAAGAAGGAUGCUAAUAUUUCAGAAUUUCUUUCAGAUUUUGAUAAUUACCAUGAAGUCAUUGAAGCCUUAAUGAAAAGAAGAGCAACACCCUCAUUCCCAAAGUUUAGCAAAAACGAAACCAUCUCAUUUCCAUUUUCAUCAGUUAAAUUAUUCGACCAACUUGCUUUAGAUUCAACAACUGAUAUAGAAUUGCAAAUUGGAAAAGAGAGAGUGAAAUGUCACAGAACAAUUCUCAUGUCAAAGAGUACUUAUUUCGCUACCUUAUUGAAUGGAAAUUGGAAUUCACAAAACGAUAACUAUCCUAUUGAAAUGAAAUAUCUCAUUCAAUUCUGUUAUGGAUUUUUAGAAUAUGUUGAACCUAAACUUUGCAUUCCAUUGAUGAAAUUAGCAAAUAUGCACGAAAUGAAAGAAUUAGCCAUUCAGGUUGAAAAGCAAGCAAUCAUCACAAGAAUCAAUGUUGCUGAAUAUUUGAAUUCACUUCUAAAUGAUGUUGAAGAACAGGAGAAUGAAAUUAUUCAAGAGUUCAUUCGAAGGAUUGUCUUGUACAAAUGA